CUAUUUGCUCCUCUCCUUCUCUGUCUCUAUAUCCCUCCCAUCACAUUGGGCGUUGCCUAGCUGACUAUAAAGUCUUGGUUAAACUUCUAGUGAGCCUCUGCACUCUUCCUUGAAUCUCAAACUACAGUUCUUCUACUUUACGUCCUGCACCCACCUCUGCAACCAUGACUGAGUUGGAGAGAGGCAUGGAGUCCCUGAUCAAAGUAUUCCACAAAUAUGCCGAAGAAGACGGUGAUAAAAAGUUCUUAAGCAAGAAGGAAUUUAAAAAACUACUGGAGACCGAGUUACCCUCUUUCCUCAAAACCCAGAAGGACCCAAAAGCUGUGGACAAAAUCAUGAAAGAUUUGGACCAAAACAAAGAUGAUAAGUUGGACUUUGACGAGUUUCUUCCCCUCGUCGUCGGCCUGUCGAUGGCCUGUGAGAAGUGUUACGCGCUCCAUGAACAGAAGAAGGGCAAAAAGUGAUGGGCAAAUAUUAGAGCAGAAUAAUGAUUGUUUUUGAGUCAGAUCAUUUUGUAGCACAAAUAUGUGCCAAGUAAAACCUACAUUUGUCAAGAUUU